CUGCUAGAUGAGUGAUGCGAGGACGACGAGUUUGGUCAAUCUGUGCUCCGUCUUGGUGUCUUCUAAAACUGGUCACACUUGUGUACCUUCACUGGUGCAUUGGUAUUUUCUUCCUUCUCGUUGUCGGUGAAGCUUUCACGUCAGAGGAAGAUGUGGAUAUGCAUCGGAAGUUUUACGAUCUUGGCUAUCGAAGCCAGAUGUCUGUCUUCCAGCGAAGAAUAGACCAGGUAUUAAGGUUUACAGUAAUUCUAAUUCAUCUUAUGAAGCAUCUUCGGCCCUGUUUUUAGGGGGAAAUCACGCCAAAGAUGCUUUUCAGGAUGAAUAUACGUAAGGUCUAAAGGUAGACGGAGUAAAUUGGAGUGGCUGGAGGUCUUCGAGUCCUGGCGCGCGGUCGUUAGGAACUGCAGGUAGUAAAAGUGUGGGUGGACGAGAAUGUGGAGGCGCUUCCUGUAGUUUGAGUGUAACGCACCAGCAGCUGCAAGCCAUCAAUCGUCCCGUAGACCGUGAAAAGCCUGCUCGAUACCUCGCGUCGGUGUCACCGCCUCCGAGGCAACAGCCAGUGCCGAGCAGUACCUCUCAGGGGGAGAGCACCUUGAUUCUUUUCGGGCACCCAAGUGAGCCAUCGUGUCGUGGUCUUUCGUUUCUAGGUGCAAAAACUUUGUGUGAGAGACUACGCGCAAAUCGAUUUUUUCUCGAGCAGACUGCGAAAGAUGAAAAUGCUGCUCAACUACGUAGUUGUAGAAGAACAAAUUCAACAUGGGUAAACCAGAGAACGACCACAUCUCCAUUGAAACCGCGGAGAAGCUUUUCGCCUCUCACGACAUCUUCGAUCUCUGAUAGUUCUAGUCCCACCGAGCCGACGAGCGAAAUCGUGUCAUCUUCCGUGUCGAGAAAAAGUUCCAAAGAACGCAGUCGUCCUACUUCUUCGUCCCUUCAGCGCAGUUUGGUGGGCAUCGAUGAGCUUAUUCGCGAGGCGUUGGAACGGCGGCAACAUAGUUCUCGUCUCGACUUUGAAUCUGUGGUCGCGGACGUCCGAAAGGAUUUCCCGAACACCGAAAGAAACGUGUUAGCCCACCGCCUCCUGAAGCGUUUGGUCACCGAUUGA